CUGCAUUGUAAAAAGUGAACACGGCUCCGGUCACACAUUACACUCAAUCCACGUUGUUGCUGCGGAGCCAAAACAGGAAGUUAAGUGGCAUUUAUUUGAAUCAGCUGGAGUGAUGUAACAGCCUCUUGUGAUCCUAGAGGACAGUCAGUCUCAGGUGAAGCUGCUGCUCAGACUCUCACAGCACUCUGUGUGGGACUGACACAGGAUGGUCAUGAAGAUAACCUGAAGCUCGUCUUCCUGUAUGUGUUUGCUUCAGUGCCAAACUGCUCUUGAAGGGAGGAUUUUGACUGGAGGUGUCUAUGUGAAGCACCAGGAGUCAUGACAGACUUGUGGUUGAUUUCUGUCCCACUGGACAAGACCAGUUUAACCAGUGUAGAGAAACUCAAGCGCACCAUUGCCAAGUCCAACCUGGCCUCCUGCUGCAAGUUCUCCAUUCCAGAUCUCAAGGUGGUUAUACUGGACAACCUGCUCAGUGUGUCAGAUGACCUCUCCAAGCUCGACACGCUGACUGAAAGUGUGAUUAAAAAAACAUGUCAGUGUAUGAGGGAGGUGAUGGAGCAGUCGAAUGACAAAGUGCUGGAAAAUGCCUUAGCCAAUGGAGUGGACCUGAUGAGCUACGUGACAAAGUUUCAGUGGGACAAAGCCAAAUAUCCCACAGCUCUGCCUCUCUGCAGCCUGGUAGAUAUUAUCAACAAGGAAGUUUCUCAGGUGGAGUUGGAAUUAAAAUCCCGAGCUGCGGCGUACAACAGUGUGAAAGCGAGCCUGCAAAGCCUCAAGCACAAACAAGAGGAAAAUUUGCAAACUCGGAGUCUGAAUGACAUAGUGAGGAGAGAAGACCUGGUGACCUCAGAGUACCUCACCACUCUACUAGUAGUGGUGCUCAGAGGGAGCUAUGUGCAGUGGGAGAGGACCUAUGAAUCUUUGUCACAGUUUGUGGUUCCGCGGUCGAGCAGGAAACUCUACGAGGAUAAAGAGGGAGGCAUUUUCUCUGUUACACUUUUCAAAAGAGCUGUGUGUGAAUUCAAAGCCAAAGCCCACGAGAGCAAGUUCACCGUGCGCGAGUACAGCUUUGAUCUGGAGGAGAAGCAGCAGCAGGAGAUGAAGCAACUUCGUGUUCACAAGAAGGAACAAUAUGGAAUCUUUGUGCGCUGGCUGAAGGUGAAUUUCAAUGAGGUGUUUGUUGCCUGGAUUCACUUGAAAGCGUUGAGGGUGUUUGUGGAAUCAGUCCUCAGGUAUGGAUUACCUGUGAACUAUCAGGCCCUUCUGCUGCAGACAGACAAGAAGCGUUCAAAGAAACUGAGAGAAGAGCUCACCUCAUUGUUCAUGCAUCUGGACCCCACUGCCACUGUCAGCAAGACAGAUGCAAACUGUGACAUCCCAGGACUCUCUCAGCAGGAGUACUUCUCCUACAUCUGCUUCCAUAUCCACACCAACAUGCUGGAAAUCAGCUAGCAGUCAGCGAAGAGAGGACCCACACACUGAUGAGGCAAUCAGGACCCUGUCGAUCAUGUGAUGGCUUGUUCCAUGUCAGCCAGUCAGAACCAGGGACUUACAGACCCUCAACACCAAAACAAAACACAUCUACCAGAUUAUACAUCCUUGAAUAUCUUGGUUUCAACAUUUCUCUUUAGAUGGAAAGAACUGGCUCCUGUAAAUAAUCCUGUUAAGUGAAUUUUGGAUUUUCAGGUCCUCGUCUCUACAUUGUGAACUGCACAUGGACCUGUGGAACCAUUUAAAUAUGUUUAAACUCUAAAACUUGUUUAAGCUUUUCUUUUGAGAGUUAAUGUACUGUAAAUAUUGAUAUCUGGGUACAGCUUCAAACAUCUGAAGUGUCCAUUCCACCGAGAAAUCCACUUUUAUUUUUUAGAAAUGCACACAUGUAUUUGCACAUAUAUAC